AUCUUAUCCAAUCAAAAAAUUCUGAGAUGAUUUAACUGAGUCCAACUUUCUCAUACAUUCGUAGCGCUUUUUUUUUCACUUUUUGCUCUUCUUGUUUUAAAUUAAAGCUAUUAAAAUGAAUAAUCCCGGCGCACUUGAUAUGGCUCUUGAUGAUGUCAUCUCACAAAACCGCAAACGUACUCAACGCAGCACCACUAGCAGCAGAGGUGGAAUCAACAAACGCCGUGGUACUCGUCCAUCAUCUUCGCCAUACAACAGACCUAGACGAACCAACGCACCUCCUACUAGAAGCAACGUCCCUCCUCCUAGAUCCAGUGCUCCUUCGCGUAGUAAUAGCUUGGUUGUUUCCAACCUGCAUUAUAAUGUUACAGAAAAAGAUCUUUAUGAUCUCUUUGGACAAAUUGGUAAAUUAAAGAGAGCUUUUCUUCAUAUUGGUCCCAAUGGUAAAUCUGCCGGUAUUGCCGAUGUGGUGUUUGUUAAUGCUAAUGAUGCUGAACGUGCCCGUGUGACAUACAACAAUGUUCAGUUAGAUGGUCGUCCUAUGCGCAUUACAACCGCAUCCAUCAUUUCUUCUGUUUCAGCACCAAGUAACGCUAGACCAAGAGGUAAUAACACCCGUCGCCCUACGCGUGGUGGUGGUAGCGGUAGAAGGGAAAAUCGUCCUAAACCUAGUCAACAGGACCUAGACGCUGAUAUGGACUCUUACAUGGGCGUAGCAGGCGAAGAUACUCAGAUGAACUAACCGUGCUUUUUUAAAUAAAAUUAAACGUUCAAGCUGACAUUUACACCAACAAGAAAUAUUUUUUGAAAUUAGCAAGGCAUACAUGAGAGAGAUUAUACACAGACCUUUAGAGAAGACUCAUGCUUAUUGCAGCCACUUUCACUAUUUUGAUUAUUACUUUAAUAAAAAACAUUUGCAUUUCUGAUUUUGUCUAUCAGUCACAUCUUGAUAUGUUUCCAAGGGU